GCGCUGCCCCAGGCGGUCGGCUACGUCGUGGUCGUGGUCAUCGGCUUCAUCAUCGCCUUCCUCAUGGUGCUCGCCACGUACGUGCUGAAGAAGACGGCGGGCGAGGACAACCGCAAGACGGAGAUGUUCAUGACGGCGAACCGGUCGGUACGGACGGGCCUGACCGCGUCCGCCGUCGUGUCCUCGUGGCUCUGGAGCACCGCCAUGCUGGGCAGCACGCUGGUCGGCUACAACUUUGGCGUUGCCGGUCCGUUUUGGUUCGCUGCGGGGUGAGUUCUGGACACGAUCUAUGUAUGUUUGUGGCCGGAACUGAUCGACGGAGCUUUUGGUUGUGAUUUGAUGUUAUAGCUGCUCGCCCAUGAUUGUUUUCUUCUCCCUGCUCGGCAUCGCGUGCAAACUGCGAGUCCCUGAAGCCCACACGCUGCUCGAGAUCGUCCGGAUUCGCUACGGAAAGCUCGGUCACAUCGUGUGGAUUGUCCUGUGUCUCAUCAACAACAUCAUCGCCGUGGCGAACAUGCUGCUGGGCGCGAGCGCUGCCAUCACCGCCUUGACCGGAAUGCACAUCAUCGCGGCUACCUUCCUGCUGCCAGCCGGUGUCGUGCUGUACACCUUCGUGGGCGGCAUCAAGGCAACCUUCCUGACGGACUAUUUCCACACCUUCGUCAUCACCAUCAUCAUCUGCUUCUUCACCAUCAAGACGUUCGCGACGCCCGAGAUCUCGUCCAUCGGGCACUUGUGGGAGCUCAUCGCUGCCGCUGGCAAGCAGCACCCCGUCGAUGGCAACCAGGAUGGUUCGUACCUGACCAUGACGAGCAAGGGGGCUAUCCUCUUCGGCAUCAUCCACAUCCUGGCCAACUUCGGACUGGUGAUCAUGGACACCGGCUUCUUCGUCAAGGCCUUCAGCGCCGCCCCGCACGCCGUGGUCCCGGGAUACAUCAUCGGCGGCAUCGCCUAUUUCGCCAUCCCCUGGUGUCUGGGCACGCUGAUGAGCUUCAGCGCGCUGUCGCUCGAGGGAUCCGCCAGGUUCCCGACCUUCCCGCGGCGCAUGACCAGCGCGGAGGUGUCGAACGGGCUCGUGCUCCCGUACGCGGCCAUCGCCAUCGCGGGCAAGGGGGGCGCGGCGGCGGUCCUGCUCAUCACCUUCAUGGCGGUCACGUCCACCAUCUCGGCGCAGGUCAUCUCGGUGUCGUCCAUCAUCAGCUUCGACAUCUACCGGCAGUACAUCAACAAGCGGGCGACCGACGGCGACGUGAUCCGCUGGACCCACAUCGGCGUCGUCUCCUUCGGCCUCUUCUCGGCCUGCUUCUCGACCGCGCUGCACUACGGCAACGUCGACCUCGGCUGGACGCUCUACAUGCUCGGCGUGCUGACGUGCCCGGGCAUCUUCCCGACCGUCUUCACCAUUCUGUGGCGGCGGCAGUCCACGCUGGCGGCCGUCGUGUCGCCGCUGCUGGGGCUGGCCACGGGCAUCGCCGUCUGGCUGGGCAGCGCGCAUGCGCUCACCGGCGAGGUUUCGGUCGCGUCGACUGGCCAGACGCUGCCGUGCGUCUACGGCACCGUCGCCUCGGCGCUCAGCCCGGCGCUGUACUCGGUCGUCUUGUCGCUCGCCCGGCCGGCCAACUUCGACUGGGCCGACUUCCGCAAGGAGAGGCUCGCGUUCGAUGUCCCUCCGAGCAGCAGCACGAGUGAGGGAACGGGGCUCUCGGACGAAGAGGAAGCGGCGCAGCGGGAGAGCUACAAGGCCAACAAGGCCAAGUUCAAGCACUGGGGCAAGAUCUCGGCCGCAUGGUCUCUGGCGACAUUCUUUGGGCACUGGGUUCUCUGGCCGCUGCCCAUCUACGCGUCGGGAUACGUCUUCUCCAAGACGUUUUUCGAGGCCUGGGUCGUGGUCUCCAUCAUCUGGGUCUGGGGCACCAUGCUGGUCGCGGGCUUCUUCCCAAUCAUCGACGGACGGGCGCAGAUCAUGCAGGUCUGGAGAGGGCUGUGGGGGUCUUCCACGGGUGAGAAGAGGCUCGAUGCCGUGCCGGCGUCGACGGGGACUGCUACGCCGGUGGCAGUAUUUGAUGAUGCGAGCAGCAAGGAGAAGGAGAAGGAGAAGGAGAAGGAAAAGUCCUUCAAUGGAUGAUCCGAGCUAAGGUUUUGCACUGGGAGAUUGGAGCCUUUAGAUGUUGUGGUACGAUGGAGUAGACCUAUUCCGUAGACGCUGGAAUCUUGCAAGAGCGACAGAAAUAAGUGCAUUGGGGGGGAGCGGGGAUAGAGAAACAUGGAACUACCUACCUUAGCGCCUUAGCGCGCUUAGGGGGGUACUAGUACUCCGCAAAAUGAUUCCUAUUACAGUUUUGAAGGGACAAGACAGUUUUCUAGCUUGCAAUUUGGUUUGUACCGUUCAAACGUUCAUUAUCACUAUUGUAGAGCUAAGACCAUUAAAUACUAUAAGUACCAGUUAAAUAGAACAGAGAGG